GAACGGCGGGAGCAGCGGCGGGCGGCGGGUUGAGUCUGUGCGCGGCGGGGCUCGCUUCUGCCUCCGUCCCUUGUUCGCCCCAGGGCGCUCUGCGGUGGUGGGGCCGCCGUGUGCUCCUGUCUCCUUCCCGCUCCUCUUUCCGCGCUGCAUCGUCUGAGACCUGCGGCCUGCAGAGUUACGAUAUGGGCAGAGGAGGCUCUUCCUACCGGAACCGGCCGUAAGCCGCUGCUCGGGUGUGUGAGGUGCUGAGGGGACGUGCCGGGGCUGGCCGGCCCCUCGCUGCAGUCGGUGUAGGACUUGCCCGCCCGGGAGCGGGUUUGUGGGAGGUGGAGUACAAGAAUAAGGUCAAGAAAGACUUAAAUGGACUUCUGAAGUAAAAAAAGGAAGAAAAAUGGAGACAGAGACCAUUCUAAGCCUUAAACACCAACUCAAGGAAGCAGAGAAUGAGCGAAGAAAGGCAGCACAAUAUGGCUUACAUUUAUUGGAGUCUCAAAGUGAAGUUCAAAAUCAGUUGGAUGAAACACGUCGCGAAUUGACUGAAAAAACUGAGGAAUUUGAACAAGAGAAAUACUCUCUCCAGAGAGAAAUUGAACUCAAGAAUCGAAUGUUGGAAAGCUUGAGUUUUGAAUGUGAUUCCCUUAAGCAACAGCAAAACAUGCAACUGGAUAAACAGAAAGAACAGCUUGCCAGAGUCUAUGGACAAGAAAUCAGUGACCUUAAAAACAAGUUGGAGAACCUGAAAGCGGAACUAGAUGAAACGCGACUCUCAGAGAAACAACUGAGGCACAAAGUGGAGCAUCAGAAGGAAAUAAUUGCUGCCAAGUCAGAAGAAUUACAUAUCAUGUCUCAGCGUGUACAUGAGACCAUGUCUUCAGAAAUGCUCAAUCUUCAGCUAGAACUCACUGAAUUAGAAAGCGUGAAGACCAGUGUUGAAGAAAAGCUGAAUGAACUACAGUACAGUAAAGAACAGCUAGAACUCAUAAACAGUAACCUACGUAAUCAGCUGGAGCGUCUACAGGGAGAGAAAGAAGAGAGGGAAAAAGAAGUUGUUUCUUACUGUAAUGCAUUAGAGAAAGCUCGCGAAGCUAAUCAGGAGCUUCAGGUUCAGCUGGAUCAUGCAGUGCAGCAGUCUUUGGACCCUACAAGAAAAGGCAAUUCUCUCUUUGCUGAGGUGGAGGACCGUAGGGCAGAAAUGGAACGACAACUGAUCAGUGUGAAAGUAAAAUAUCAGUCCCUACAAAAGCAGCAUGCAUUCACUAGAGAACAGUUGCAAAGAAUGAAGCUGCAAAUGGCUACACUGCUCCAGCUGAAAGGCUCUAAGGCAGAAUUUGAGCAGCUGGAACGCUUGCAGUCAAUGUUAGAACAGAAGAAUGGUGAGAUAGAAGAUCUGCUUCUGAAAGUGAGACAGCUAGAAAAAUUUAAGACUUUGUAUGAGAAUAUGGAAGAAUCCAGAGCUAGUAGCUCAAAAGGAGGGGAGUCUGAAGAUGGUUACUAUGUGGAUUUACUGCAAAUGAAACUUGACAACUCAAACAAGGAAACGGAAACCUUGAAAAAUGAACUAUCUUUGCAGAGGAUGAAAGCUCUGCACGAGAGCCAAAGGGUUCUGGAAGUUGAAAGGAAACUCUUUGCAAAUGAGAGGCAUUUGCAAACUUGUCAGAGUGAGAAUAUGAACUUGCGAGUUAUGCUGGAUGAGCUAAAAAUGAAAUAUGAACCUGAAGAAUUACUUAAAGGUGCUAAAACUAAAAAGAGGAGGGAGAAGAUUCCAGUGGACAAUACUUGUGAAUACUUGGACAGCAAAAAUACUUCAGUAAAAGAAGCUGCUCUUAUGCAGUCGCCAAGUAAGGAAGACAUAAAGAUGACUUCUAAGAACUUGAAGCAAAGUGGUGCUUCUCCAAAAAACCACGCUCCUGAAGCAGUGCCAAUGAAUAUGGCUCUUCAAGUAAUGCAGAAAGUAGUUGAACCUGAAAGAGAAAGAAAAAGAGUUAAAAUUGAAGAUAAGAAUCAUGAUGCCUUUACUUCAUGUAGCAGAAGUGGAAGCAAUUCCUUGACUUCAGCUGCCCCCAGGUCAGUGUCGGCUUCUGUCUAUGGUCAAGGCAAUCAGCACAGACCUGCAUCUCUUUUCUUUCGCUGCGUGAACUAUGCUAUCCACUUCUUUAUCUAUUUCCUCAGUGUUGCAUGCAGUGUAAUUCCUCAGCUCCGGCUGCCUGCGUUGAACCUCUUGAUACCUUUAAGAAAGACUAAGAUGAUGACUAAUAAAAGAGACUCUUGAAACUGUAACAAUCUUUGAAAUAACUUUUGCACUGCUUGAGAAUGCUGAAGGUGUGCAUGUAGCAUGACAGCGUGCCCCGUUUGCUCUAACAUCAGAAAUAGCUCUUCUGUUUUCUUGGUCCCUUCAGAGCUACCACAUGCCUGUUACAUAUCAAAGUAAUAAAGGCAAUAGGUAUCAUGCUUCAGUUUGACUGAAUUUCAGCCCUCAUCAACUACCAGAUUUAGCUAAAACCCAGGAAUUAUUUAAGUAAUUAUUAAUCUGAAUUAGAUGAGCAGAAUUUGUAUGAGCAAACAGACAAUUUAUGAUGCUUUUUGUCAGACAAAUGACUUCCAUAAUCUGCAUGCAUGAAAACUAGAAACACAACUGGUAAAUUAAGAUCAAGUUUUCCCCCUGAACUGAGAAUUUCAGUUACUUUUUGAUAUAUGAAGUAACUUAGAAUAAUAAUUAGCUCAAACUUUUUUACCUUGGUAAAAGGAAUGCUCAUCUCUUUUCUCUUUUUCAGCUGAUGCUUUUGUAUUCUGUUCAUACUUAUAAUCUUUGUAAACAUGUGUUUGAGUGUUUGGAGGGGGGGAAAUCUGGGAUAAUUUAGAUACUUUGAGCUUACAACUUGCUAAUGUCUGCUAGUAAAAAUAGUUUGUCUCUAGAAUGACAGCAGCUUCAGAGAUAGAGGAAGGCAUAACGUGGGAAUCUGUAUGGUACGCCCCAAUCAGUGGCAUUCAACUGUAACUGGAUUGAUAUUUUGACUUUCAAAUCAGUUAUUGAAGGUUGCAUUGGAUGCAGUGAACAGUUUUAAAGUAACCAGUUUUAAAGUACAAUGUUCUGAAACAGUCUGGAAAGAAUAUGUCAGAAUUGGCACUUUAAGUAGCAGUGUCAAAAUAUGUGGGGACUUACCGAGGAGGAAAGAUCAGAAAGGUCAAAUGUGGGGGGUGCAAGUUGAGAGGGAAGGCUAGAUAGUUUAAUGAUGGUCUUGUGUUUUGCCAGUGUUCUGUACACAUCAAGGAACAGAUUUCAUGUAACCAGGGUGUGAAGAGUUUAACCGAUUUCCUCCCGUUUCUUUUGGAAAGGAAAAUCCAGUGUUUGCCAAAGGAAGUUGUUGGAAACAGUUUAUGUGAAGUGAAGGGGAAACCUACCAGAGGGAGGGGGUGAGGAAAGUAUUUUGUGGAGUUGAUGUUUGAAAGCAGAGCGAGUGGGAAAAGUACAAGAGGAAGGUGAAGUCAGCUCAGAGAGAGGGUUCUAAUCUUGCACCCAUUGCUGUUGGCUCAAUAAGAAACAAAAUAUAAAUCAAUAGAUUUAAAAAGUAAAAUCACUGACACAACAGGAAAAAAAAAAAAGCCACAUAACACCAUAUAAGCUUCUAAGUUGUUUUCAGUAGCGGCAUGAAGCUGUGAAAAGCAAAUCCAGGCAGAAGGUUCCAUUCAUAUUUUUAUGUUAAUGAUCUACUAACUCCCCAGUUAGUGAAAAGAUUGAGGAUUUACUUAACCCUGAAUCAUUAUCAUUUAUUAUGAAAUAGGAAAUCCUGGUAAAAUCUGAGAGGCUGGGUUUCUAAACCUAAAUCCCUGGAGUGUUCUGUGGUGGAUGUGGCCAAGCCCUAGAUAGGAAUACAAGCUAAAUGCAAAGACACAAAAAAUACGGGCAACUUGAGCAGGAAUGUGGACCUGAAAACGGAGACUUUGGGGAGGAAAGAAUAAUUGGCGUGUGCAUGGUGGGCAAUUGUCAGUGUUUCACCUUGCGAUGCUCCAGCUGAAAAGGCUGUUGUGGUCAGUGAGGGGUAUUUUUGCAAGUGGAGUAGUUUUUGUGCAGCCAUUAGCUUAGCUUUGUCAUCACUGAUCUAUGAAAUGUGGCAGUGAGAAAUCAUAGUAACUGUGAAAGGAUUGCAAACUUCAUUUCUAGGAAAGGUUGUUUGAAAAGCUUCGUUGUCUUUGCUGAGGGGGUGAUGAAAAAGUGGUCAGAAGUGAUCUGUGUGUACUGGUAUGGGUGACAGAUUUCCUUGUUUGAAGCUGCUUCUUUGCUGAUGUGAUUGAGUAAGAUGAGGCUGGGUAACUUGGAACUAAGAGCAUCUGUCUGUAUCUGCAGAGCAUGUGUGUACUUAAAGCGAGUAAACACUGGAAUAAUGUAUUAGGUGAUGCUGAUUAGAUUAUGGUAUGUGGAUGUUGAGAGCAUACUACUUGAGACUAAAGAUUGAAAUUUUAAGUCAUUUUUAAUUGUGAAUUGCUACUGUAAUUCAGACAAUGCAAAGGUUAUAGGCAGCAGUAGCUUUUGUUAGGCCAGCUGGUCAGUAAAAAGGUACACUUCUGCGUUGAAAUGCUUUUCUUCAUGUUUGACACUGAUAUAGGAAAUUCCAGUCCUUGCUGCCCAAUUUAGUUUGCAUUUAGAUUUGAGCUUGUCUGCUUUAGUUUGAUCUCAAGAAGGGUUUGUGUGCCUAAAAGCUUAUUUGUUCUUUUAAAUUUAGUUGGAUUACAUAUACCAAACCCACCUCACUUGAACAUGAUCCAAAUGCCUGUAGCCAUUUGGCUCAGCAGGAGAUGUGGUUAACUAGUACUCUCUGGAGUUUUAGUCGUGGUGCUCAUCCUUGGGAAGUAAAGCUCCAUCUGAUGGCACUAAUUGAUCUUCCUUGAAUGGGUAGAAGGAACCCCCAUUACAUUACUGUGAAGUCAAAGCUUGAUAGAAUCAUGUCAUAGUUUCACAAGUGGCUUUUUUGAGUGAGAGUGUUUAACUGUCAUAUCUCCUUUCUGAUCCAUCCCUUGCCCUGUGCUAACACGUGAUGAAAUAUGCCAAUGCUGUUAAGGGGUGGUCAGUGCUGUGAGCUGGCCUUGGUUGUGGUGGGUUAAUGUUGUCUUGCUGCCAGCUGCCCACCCAGCUGCUCUCAUUCCCUCUCUUCAACAGGAUGGGAGAGAAAAGAAGGUGGAAAAACCUUGUGGGUUGAGAUCAAGACAGGGAUCAAUUAGUCAUAGGCAAAUCAGACUUGGGGAAUAGCUGGGGAGUUCAUCGCCAAUUACAAAUAGUGGGACAGUGAGAAAGAAUGGCAACUAUCUCCCCCCUGGCCCCCAGCCCUUCUUUUCAGGUUCAACUUUACUCCUUCAUUCCCAACUUCUACCUCCUCCUUACCAAGUGGCACAAGGGGAAUGGGGGUUGCAGUGAGUUCAUAACACUUGAUCGCUGCUGCUCCUUUGUUACCGUAAAGGUUGGUAGAAAAGAAUUAAUUUGCUGAUUUUUGAGCUCCAUGAGACCUAAUUUCAGAAGGUGAUGCUCAGCUCUUCGCUUAAGAAUCUGUUAACUCUGUCACCUCACUCAUUUGUCCCUUUUCUUGUGAUAUGUAGUAGCCUGUAGACAUGGUCUGUCACACAGUAAUAAAACGUUCUUUUCAACAAAAAUUAAUUCAGUAUGGUAAGUAAGGUGUGGCUCAACUACUCAGGCUGCAGAAUAAUCAUCCUGAAGCAUUUGCAGGAUGCUAUAAGAUACUAAGAAUGAAAGAGGAAAAAUUAUUUGCUUGGAUUGUCCAUUGUCACAUUAGAGCUCAAUGAUUUGAAUGUUCAGGCAUUUCUGAAUACUUACUGCUGCAAACUAAGGUUUUCAUAAGUGAAGCAGAUUAUGACGAUUGCUGAUUUAGAAAAAAGCUGUCAAAACUUUAAAGUGUAGCUUAUAACAUGAAAUAGCUCAUUUCAUCUUCCUGAGCCAGAGUCAGUCCUCUGAUAAAAUCACUUCAGGUACUUACUAGGGUAGCUGUAGUCUGAGGAAGUUAACUCACUGUUUGCUGGCUUGCGUAACCAUCCUGGUGUGCAUUAGGAGCAUACAAAGAUGGUUCUUUUCUCUCUUCAAAGAACAGAUUCUAACAGCUGUUUACUGCUAUGAAACACUGUUGUGUUUCUCCUGUGAAUUUGAUUUCCGCAGUUCUUACACUGUACACUAACAGAAUUACCUAAUAACGUAGAAAAGGAGUAUUUUGUAUAAAUCCAAUUGUGCUGCUUUAGAACAUAAUUGAAGUCAAUUCAAUUUUUAUUUGGCUUUUUGGUUUGAGUUAUUUCUUUGUUCUGGAUUUUUAUAGGGAAUUCUUUCUGGGAGUUAUGGCUGCUGGACUACUGUUUCUGGUGGCCUUGCCCAGAGGUUGUUUUAAGGUAGCAUAGGGGAGGGACAAAUGAAGAGCAUCUACCACAGGAACAAACUCUCCAUCCCUAGUUAACAGCUGCCAGGGAAGCAUAGGCUGAACUGCAGACUAAACACUAACCAGAACCAAUUACCAAGAAUAGACUUUUUCUCCUUUUCUGAAUAAUUGCUUCUUGUGGUAACCACAUGAUUAUUGGGCUACAUGCAAGCAGCAGCACAUCGAAAAUGGAGAGCAGCUGGGGAAAAGCCAGCCAUAGACAAAAAUGGUUACCCAUUGGAAUUACAGGUGUGGACUUACUGCAGAGCAAUGGUGAGCAACACUGCUGGCCUAGGGGGAUGCACAGCGAAGCAUAACUUCUUUUCAGUCUGUUGAUGUAUAAUACGUAGAUUGCUUGCAAUGGAUAAUAAUAGUUUGAUAUAUUAUAGACUGGGGGGCAAGUCUGUAGUUAAACUUCCCAAAACUUCUUUGUUACGGCUCCUUUCAUAGUCCUCAUCUUCAGCUGUAUAUCUCUCUAUUGCAAAUACAUCUCCAUCAGCUGCGUAGCAGCUACUCUUGUUUGGAAACCCAUCACUGAAAGCAGCUGUACUGCUGGAGGUUGCUCACUGGAGGCUCUUGAGAUCACUAGAAAUCCACAGAGUCACUAGAGAGUUGCUUUUGCUGGUGUGGUGAUGGAUUAGCAUAGAAUUUGCAUUGGUAUGUGAAGUGAUGUUUCAUUUGGAACUUCAUUUUCCAUAAUCUGUUUGGCUGUGGGAUUGUGUCUGAUAGUCAACUCGUUGUAGGUGAUUUGGUUGAGUGAAUACCAUUAUUCAUCAAUCUGUUCUAAUGACACAUUUGCAUGAUUAUGAAGUAAUUCUGAAGUAAUCAAAACACCUAAUUGUGCUCAGGUGUUUAAAUCUCAUUUUUUACCUUGCCUAUAACAGCAGCGUGGCAGUUGUGUUCCCUUUUACAGUCACAGCAGAAUUAAAACAUGUCAGUGGCAAAUGAUGUCAUUUAGAACCUGAAAAUAAUUGUUUUCCUACAACUUAGUUUCAAAUACUUGGGCAUUAAGAUAAAGGCAGGAGUAAUGCAGCACUGGGGGGAAACUAGUACAUUGCUUUCAGUGUAGUCCUUGAUUUGGUGGUGUGAAAGCAGAAUGUUUGACUUCAUCACGUUUGUGUUCCAUUGCGGGGACUUUUCUCUUGGAAUUGUGCUUUUGUGAAUGAUUUCCUGUAUGUGCAUGGCACAGACACUGUGCGUUUGUGGUGUUUAACGGCUGAUCCCAACCAGUUAACACAUUCUGUAACCUUUUUUUACCAAACAUUUCAGCAGAUAAGGGCAUGGGAGGGAAAGGCGAUGCUGAAAGUGGUGAGCUGUUACUAGGACUGAUAUAAAAAUGCUUUAUUUUAGUCUUGUUUUACUCUUAAGCACUGCUUGUUCUUUCUUAGCAUAUGGAUGGUCUUGUAUGCCAGUUGGCUUGUUGACUUCGCUUGAAACUCUUAUCUUAGCCCUGUUUUUUAUUAACAAAAUAUGUAUUUAGAAUGAUUGCUUUGCCUAUAGGUUAACAGCUGAAUCCAGCUUUGAAACUACGGAAAAAGAAGAUGAAAAAGAAAAUAAAAUCACGAUCAAGAAGAAAACGCAAAAGAAAAAAUAUACAACGUUGUAUGUAUCUUCUAAGCCAACUGCUGAAACACAGUGUGCUCAGCAAUAACACAGUUCUGGAAGGCACCUCAACAAUUUCGAGUCCUGCUUCAGCAGGAAAUACUGAAUAAACUUAUGUCACACAUGCAUGUACAGAUUCCAAACUUCAGUAUUGAUCUGCCCUGCUCUGUGAAGAGUAUGGUGGCAUUAAUGAGAGUUGCACUUUUGAUAUCUUAACUUCCCAGAGGGCAUCUGAUAGUUCCCUGGCACCUGAAGUGAUGCAGUGUCUUGAAUCUUGGCUAAAUCUCUAAACAUGUGAUAGUUGUUACUUGUUUGAAGCACAGUGCUAUUCUGAAAGAUAAGUACUGGCUACAGGUCUCCUAAUAUAUCAUAAGACAGGGGUCAGCCCUGAGCGAGAGAGACUAGACAGUGUUGAUACAAAAGUCAGCUAAGCCAUGUGCUCCUGAAUUUCUUCCCUCCUGGAUUCAGAAUUCUUAAUGGUUUGUUUUUCCCCCUUAUAUGUAAUUGUUCAACUUUCAGACUGACCUGAUUGCAAAGGUGCAUGUGAAUCUCUUUAUGCAUUUUUAUGGGACAGUGUUCUUUUGAAACUAUAAAUUCUUGUAUCUGUAUCAAUAUUUGAAAUAAACCUUUCUUUCUCUUCCUUUCUAAAA